UGACGUCAGUGUUGUCAAAAUUUGAUGUGUCAUGUCUUGAUGUAAUAUUUUUGUCCCACCACAACAAUAAAAUAGCAAAAAAUACACUGAAAUAAAUUAGAGAAAUUUAUAACUGUGCUAGAAAACCUGGAAAAGGCAACGCAACAUAAUGCACUGGUUCGGAGGAACAAUCGCUGAAGCAGUAACACUGUCGAAACAAAAAAAUGCAAUUUUUGUUGUUUUCGUUGAAGGAGACAAUGACUUGUCAAAGGAAUUAGCAGCAACAAUUGACAAUGGAUUGGUUUUGAAAAGGUUGGCUGACCCGACAAACUUUUUAGCAAUAAAACUGAAGAGUGGAACUGAAAAUUAUACAUAUUUUGCACAGAUUUAUCAAUUUGUGCCAGUACCAUCACUAUUCUUCAUUGGAAAUAAUGGCACACCUUUAGAAGUUGUUUGUGCUGGUGUUGAAGCACAGAAUCUUGCAGAAAGGAUUGACCGUAUCCUUGAAGUACACUACCAAGGUAAACCACUGCAGCCAUCUACAUCAAAACAAAAUAUUAAAGAAGAAACUAAGAACUUACUGCAGUCUGAAGCCGCCGCCACUGAGAAGACUGCCACAACACCUAAAGAGAAUGGACCCAAUACAUCAGAAGAAUCUGAAAUCUCUGGACCAGCAGCGAAGAUCCCUAAGACUGUGCAUCAUGAAGUAACCCGUUCGGGGACUGAGUAUGAGGUGGUGUGUGAUGGUGAUAUGUGUGUCCGGAAACCAAAGACAGGACAAGAUACCCCAGGGCCAAGUCAUAGGGAGGAUACCAGUACUGAAACCCCUAUGGAGUUGGAAAAGCCAGCUGAAGACAUUGCUGAUGUAAAUGCUGAGGAGAAGAUAGAAAGAGCUAAAGAGCUUAUCGAAGCAAGGCGAAGAGAAAAGGCAGAGAAGGAAAAAGAGUUAGAAAGGGAGAAGGAGUUGGAGCGAAGAGCGACAGGUCAAGGUGUUGCUGAACUCAAGAGAUGGCAGGCCGAACAAGAGUUCAAGCAGAUACAGGAGGAAAGAAAACGUGAGAAAAUGGAAAAUAAUUUGGCGAGACAGCGUAUAUUAGAGCAAAUAGCCCAAGACCGUGCCGAGCGAAAGGCGAGGGAACAGCCGCAGACGCAAACAGCGACGGCGCCGCCUGCGCAGACGCAACUGACGUCUGGAGAUGGCACUCCUCGCGCUAGAGUCCAAUUCAAGAUGGCCAAUGGUGAAUCUCACACAGCGCAUUUCGAAGCGUCCACUACGGUUGAGGAACUUCAUCAGUAUGUUGCUGAUAAUUUGCAGAUGACACGUGCCUCGUUUUCUCUCUGGACUGCGUUCCCUCGUCGCGAGUUGACAGAAAACGAUGCUACUCUGCGCGACUUACAGCUAAUCCCUUCUGUGGCCUUGCUCGUGCUUCCGAGACGUACCACCGUCGUGUCUUCUAGUCCUUCGCCAUUUAGUUCUCUUAUUGCAUUUUUCUCACAGCUUUUCUCCUCAAUGGUGUUGGAUCCAUCAUAUCAGCUAUACACGUGGAUUCGGUCGCGUUUGUUUGGGGCAACGAACUCCACGCCCACCCAGGGAGGUAGUCCGGGAAACGUUUCGCCGGGGAACAUUCCUCCAGGCAACAUUCCACCCGGUAUCAGACGCAGGGGAAAUGUACAUAGACUGACAGGGGACAGGCCAGACGAUGAUAAUAAUACAUGGAAUGGGAAUUCUACACAGCAAAUGUAAACGAUGUAUUAAUGAAGAUUUCACAAUUACUAAGUCGUCGACAUAUAAUUUCAUUUAAUAUACAGACUACAUUUAAUAUAUUUAUCUGGCGUCUCAGUACUUAAGGGACUUGAUACUAGUUGAUAUAAAAUUAUUAUUUAUAUAUAUUCCCGUAUUUAUAUUUUAUGAUUUAGCUGUAACACUAGGUGAUUUAGAAUGGAAUAAUGGAUGGUUAAUAAUAUACAAAUUAAACACUAUUUUUUUUCCAAAAAUACGCUUACUGUAUGUACUUUUAAUGCAUAUAAAGGGUGGAUUAUAUUUGGUCCUCAGCUAUAAAGUCGUGAUUAUUUUAAUUGGAUUACAUGUAAUAUAACUUUGAAUUUGUAAUCUAUAUCGAUUAUAAAAUGUAAAACUAUAUUAGAAACAUUAUAACACAGGAUUUAUGCCUUAUUCCUAUUCGUUUUCUAGUAUAGUUAUAAAU